GUGGCUGUGACUCGUUCCCAGGACGUGCCCUCCUUCGGCCCUCCUAUCCCCAAGGGUGUGACCUUCCCCAAGUCCACUGUCUUCAGGGACUUCCUGCUGGCCAAGGUCAUCAACGCAGAGAACGCUGCCCACAAGUCUGAGAAGUUUGGUGCCAUGGCGACACGCACGCGACAGGAGUACCUGCGGGACCUGGCAGAGCGUCACGUGACCAGCACGCCGGUGGAGCCCACGGGGAAAUUCCCCUUCAUCUCAUUGGCUCACAAGCGGAGAGAGAGGGUGCGGCCGUACAGCGGGGCGGAGCUAAGGAGCCUAGGUGCAGUGACAUGGCCAGUGUAUGCGGAGGACCAGGUAGCCGGGGCGGAGAGGGAGUGUCUACUGGCAAUCUCCAACGAUUUCCUCAUCCUGUUGGAUCAGGAGGCUAAGGCUGUGGUCUUUAACUGUGCCACGCGUGACGUCAUUGGCUGGUCCUCGGGCAGCCCCGCCUCCAUGAAGAUCUACUAUGAGCGUGGGGAGAGCGUGUCGCUGCGCUCCAUCAACAACAACACGGAGGACUUUGGAGAGGUGGUCAAACGCCUGGAGGUCAGUAGCAGCACAUUUCGUCUGCUACGCUGAUGGCUUAAUAAUAUUUCACACACCAUCUGUUGUGAUUAUUACAGGGUUCCCAAGUUUCAAGCCAGAUAAGGACCUUUCAUCACUAACAAAUGGGUUAUGGGUUAUAAUAAACAUACCUCUCAUUUCCACCUCUGAUAAUCCAUUAUGUUCAAAGGAGAUGCAGUAUAGGCCUACAGUGAUUACAAAUACAAUGUUACAGGUAUAGCACUCAGCAUUGACCGUAUUUGGAGAGGUAGUUUAAUCAUUCACAUGAGAUUAGGCAAUGCCAGUUGUCUUGAAUGAAAUAUUAACAGUAUUUGCUAAGGGUUAUUUCAUGUUUGCGUGUACAGUGAGUGUGUGUAUAUACCAUACCCUUUGUUGUGGGAAAGAGGAGGCAUCGUCAGUGUUGUAGCAUAAUAUCCUGCUCUGGCCCUGUUGUGGUUGCCUGGAGGUCUGUGUUAAGUACUAUGUUACAACCUCUUUCCACCUGACCUGGAGUCAGAAGGGCCAGGCAGGGUGUAUUCAACCUUAAACCCUCCCUCCUGUACACAAACACUUUAAUUGAAGGGUACUGCAUCCGCUGAUGAUAGAUUCAGUCUGCUAGUGUGUGUCUUAUCACAUCUAAGCCCUAGGGCAGAUUGGGUUUAUGUGAUGUAUUUUAUAGUAGCAGCAGCCAACAGAAUAGUUUAGAUUUAAAGAUUGAGACUAGACCAGAGGAAAGAGUGCCUCCUACUGGCCCUCCAACACCACUUCCAGCAGCAUCAGGUCUCCCAUCCAGGGACCAACCCUGCUUAGCUUCAGAGGCAAGCCAGCAGUGGGAUACAAGGUGGUAUGCUGCACAGAGCAUACACAGCACGUGUAGUGUAAUCUGUCUUUGGAUUUAGAGGUUUCUUACGUUAUGUAGUGAUAACUCUUCUGCUUCUCCUCUUCCUCCUCCACCUCCUCUAUCCCUAGCUCCUGACGAAGGGCAGCCAGACCACAGAGAUGACCCUGAGGAGGAACGGCCUGGGCCAGCUGGGCUUCCAUGUAAACUUUGAAGGCAUCGUGGCAGAGGUAGAGCCCUACGGGUACGCCUGGCAGGCCGGGCUGCGCCAGGGCAGCAGGCUGGUAGAGAUCUGUAAGGUGGCCGUGGCAUCGCUGUCCCACGAGCAGAUGAUCGAUCUGCUGAGGACCUCCGUCACCGUCAAGGUGGUCAUCAUACCCCCGCACGAGGACUCCACCCCUCGCAGGUACAGCUCACAGACAACAAAUCAUCUAUCUAUCAACAGAUAUGCCCCUCCAUCAGUCAUAUCAGUAGCAUGCAUUUGGGUACUGCGGCAGCGCUGCAGUGUUUGUAGUGUAUAUCUCUGUCUCUUCUCACAGAGGCUGUUCAGAGCUGUACCACAUGCCCCUGGUGGACUAUAAGAACCACAAGGAGGGGAUGCCCUAUGAGUUUAAAUUCCCCUUCCGCAGCAACAACAAGUGGCCCCGCACCUCCUCCAGCCCCCAGAGCCGCACCACAGGGGCCCUGGGGGGGACGCUCAUCAAGGCCCCGGCUUCAGGCUACCAGGACCCGGCUGGAGUCAUCCCCCGCAGUGUGUCCAACGACGGGCGCCCUCUCAACCCCAAAAGGUAAGAGAGCCACCCCGGCUAAUAAUAUGAUAUAUUGGAGGGAAGGUGUACAAGCUUUAAGCUUAGUGGUGGAAUCUGUAUGCUCGGUAUCCCUCAGGUAUUCCCCAGGGAAUGAUAACUAUGCCCUGGCCUGUUCCAUCGUGAUGGGCCGCUCUCCACACACCCGCAACACUCCUACCAGCCUCUCCUACACAGACACCGGUAGUGCGGGCUCUAACCACUGGAGACAGAAGUCCAUGCCAGACGGGUGAGAGGUCACUCAGGCCAGAACAAACCUGGGCCAAUUUAAGGCCACAUUCAGACCACACCCAGAUCAUACACAGACCAAAAUUCAGAUGGAGAAACAGAUCGCUGUAGGGUUUUACCUAAAUUGCUCUAUUUUCAGAUGUAGUCUGCAUUUACUGUAAUUACGUCUUUGGGAGUUAUCCAACAAUAGAAAGGAAAUGACUAAAAUAUAAUGAUAUGUUGUACUAGUUGAUAUGUUGUACUCUCCAAGACUAAAACGACUUCUGUUUUGUUCAGUAAAUGAUGCAGCUAGCCCUCUUCUUCCAUCUCUUUUCCAGGUUUAACAACAAUAACCGCCUCUCCCCUGUGUCUGCUGAGCAUCAGGGAGUGGGAGAGGGGUCUAACGGGGCUAAGCCUGCCACCGGAUGGCCACGAGCGGUGGAAGGGGAGGUGGCCGACAGGGGGGCUGAUAGAGCUACAACAGGUAAGCUUUAGAAUAGUGGUAUUCAAAGUCGCGGUCACGACGCCAGGAACUGCAGUGGGGUCGACAAAAUUAUAUAUACACUGCUCAAAAAAAUAAAGGGAACACUAAAAUAACACAUCCUAGAUCUGAAUGAAUGAAAUAAUCUUAUUAAAUACUUUUUUCUUUACAUAGUUGAAUGUGCUGACAACAAAAUCACACAAAAAUUAUCAAUGGAAAUCAAAUUUAUCAACCCAUGGAGGUCUGGAUUUGGAGUCACCCUCAAAAUUAAAGUGGAAAACCACACUACAGGCUGAUCCAACUUUGAUGUAAUGUCCUUAAAACAAGUCAAUAUGAGGCUCAGUAGUGUGUGUGGCCUCCACGUGCCUAUAUGACCUCCCUACAACGCCUGGGCAUGCUCCUGAUGAGGUGGCAGAUGGUCUCCUGAGGGAUCUCCUCCCAGACCUGGACUAAAGCAUCCGCCAACUCCUGGACAGUCUGUGGUGCAACGUGGCAUUGGUGGAUGGAGCGAGACAUGAUGUCCCAGAUGUGCUCAAUUGGAUUCAGGUCUGGGGAACGGGCGGGCCAGUCCAUAGCAUCAAUGCCUUCCUCUUGCAGGAACUGCUGACACACUCCAGCCACAUGAGGUCGAGCAUUGUCUUGCAUUAUGAGGAACCCAGGGCCAACCGCACCAGCAUAUGGUCUCACAAGGGGUCUGAGGAUCUCAUCUCGGUACCUAAUGGCAGUCAGGCUACCUCUGGCGAGCACAUGGAGGGCUGUGCGGCCCCCCAAAGAAAUGCCACCCCACACCAUGACUGACCCACCGCCAAACCGGUCAUGCUGGAGGAUGUUGCAGGCAGCAGAACGUUCUCCACGGCGUCUCCAGACUCUGUCACGUCUGUCACAUGUGCUCAGUGUGAACCUGCUUUCAUCUGUGAAGAGCACAGGGCGCCAGUGGCGAAUUUGCCAAUCUUGGUGUUCUCUGGCAAAUGCCAAACGUCCUGCACGGUGUUGGGCUGUAAGCACAACCCCCACCUGUGGACGUCGGGCCCUCAUACCACCCUCAUGGAGUCUGUUUCUGACCGUUUGAGCAGACACAUGCACAUUUGUGGCCUGCUGGAGGUCAUUUUGCAGGGCUCUGGCAGUGCUCCUCCUGCUCCUCCUUGCACAAAGGCGGAGGUAGCAGUCCUGCUCCUGGGUUGUUGCCCUCCUACGGCCUCCUCCACGUCUCCUGAUGUACUGGCCUGUCUCCUGGUAGCACCUCCAUGCUCUGAACACUACGCUGACAGACACAGCAAACCUUCUUGGCCACAGCUCGCAUUGAUGUGCCAUCCUGGAUGAGCUGCACUACCUGAGCCACUUGUGUGGGUUGUAGACUCUGUCUCAUGCUACCACUAGAGUGAAAGCACCGCCAGCAUUCAAAAGUGACCAAAACAUCAGCCAGGAAGCAUAGGAACUGAGAAGUGGUCUGUGGUCACCACCUGCAAAACCAGUCCUUUGUUGGGGGUGUCUUGCUAAUUGCCUAUAAUUUCCACCUGUUGUCUAUUCCAUUUGCACAACAGCAUGUGAAUUUUAUUGUCAAUCAGUGUUGCUUCCUAAGUGGACAGUUUGAUUUCACAGAAGUGUGAUUGACUUGGAGUUACAUUGUGUUGUUUAAGUGUUCCCUUUAUUUUUUUGAGCAGUGUAUAUAUUUUUUUAUUGUAUGGGAUAAUAUACAAACGUUUUUGAGAAAGAUAAUUUGAAAAAUAAAAUGUUAUUGAGUAAAUAUAUUUAUUGGUUUAUUUUCAUUUUGAUAAGAGAUGAAAAUGCAAUUAAUUGAAGGAUAUUUGUUGAUUACAAAUUCUAAAUGUACCGAUUUUAAGGUUGUGUCAUUAGAUUUGGCGUGGGGUGGGGUCACGAGAAAAUCUUGGGGAAAAAUGGGGUCCCCAGAAAUUGGCUGAAAAUGUUUGAAUACCACUGCUUUAGAAAAUGCCCAAGUCAUGUCUCUGGUGUUUUGGGUGAUGCAGAUGAUGAGAGUCAGAGAAAGGAAUACCUCUCUAUGUUACUGGUAUUGUUAUCUGUGUGUCUCAUUCCUCUGUUUGCUCCUGUCCCUCCCAGACCCAGCUGUAUCCAAGGCUGCAGUAUCUUGUCUCCAGCAGCAGGAACAGGGAAUACACCUGUCUCCCAACAAGAACAUCAAGGUGAGGCACCAGGCUCAAAUAUGACCAAAUAUGUCUUCUAAGAUUGAAUGAAGAGCCUGUAAUGGGAGCUUGAGCUAUGGCAAAUAGACAUAGGAAUAUAGCUAGCUUGACAAUGUCAAAGUAGUCUUUAUUUACUAUGGUCAAAAAAACAGGAAGUUACUGUAGGGUCUCUGUCUCUACAGGUGGAAGCUUCCUACUCCUCCAGCCAAUCAGGCAGCAACACACUGUCCAGUAAUGCCUCCAGCUCUGCCCACAGUGAUGAAAAGUGGUAUGAGAUUGGCUCCAGCAGGACAGGGGUGCGGCCUGAUUCAGAGCUCAACGGCUACCUGCAGGGGGCAUCCACAGACAGCGGCAUCGAUGCUACCUCCUACGGGGCCACAGGGUCCGGGGGCUCCAGAGCCAAAGAGCGGCGGGCCCCAGAGACCUCUCCUUCAGCCCCAGACUCUCCCGGCCACCCAGGGAGCAGCUUGUACCCAGCCCAGAGCCCCCUUGUGUUCCCCCCAGCCCCGGACAGUGGCUCCUACACCCUCAGUGAUGCUGCAUCCCACUCCAGGUGUGUGUGC